AUGGCUUUGCGCGUUGGGCUCAUUACUUCCGGCACCCGUGGUGACGUACAGCCGCUGCUGGCCUUGUCGCAGGAACUGAAGGCGCGUGGCCAUGAAGUGGCGAUUUGCUGCCCGGCAUGUUCUGUUAGCCUGGUGCAAGAGCAUGGAUUCGAGGCAUUCAGCAUGACCUAUGACUUAAUGCAAGCCAUCCAGGGCCCGGAGAUGCAGGAUGCCAUUGACCAUGGCGAUGGGGCACGCUGCAUCCAAGCAAUAAAUGAAGCGCAGCAGAGGCAGAUCAAGGAGACGGGCGUGGACUCUGCUGAUGAGGUCUAUGAGUUUGUCCGCAAGUACCUGCCGGAUGUUCUCGUUGGCCAUCCAAGCUUUGUGCCCCUCGUCGCCGUGGCGGAAGCUUUCUCUUUGCCCCUCAUCAAUGCCCUUUUCAUGCCCUUCCUGCCCUCUCGCACUGUGCAGCCUGCAUGGUUCACGACAGCACAGCUGCAGGAUGCGGAUCUCAUCAAUAAGCCACUGGAGGCACACAAACGCGUCUGGGAUGGCUACAUCACAGAACCCAUCUUGGAACAUGUGAAUAGUUUACGUGCGCGCUGGGGCUUGCUACCCUAUGAGAGCGUAGCCCACCUACACGCAGUCUACCAAUCCACUCCCGAAGCGAAUUGUUGGAGCAGCCAGAUAUUUGCGGAGCCGCCUGACAUGGCCCAAGAGUUCCCUUUGGCCAAGCAGGUGGGCUAUCUCUUUGCCGACGCCCCACGAGACUACGAGCUGCCUUCAAGGUUAGUGACCUUUCUCCAGAGUGGCAAGAAGCCCGUCUAUGUUGGGUUUGGAUCCUUGUGUGUGGGCGACCCGCGAAUUGCAAGUGAGAAAGUCAUCCGGGCGCUCAGGAAGGCUGGGCAGCGUUGUAUCAUGGCUGGGGGCUGGGCUGGAAUCAGCCCAGCUCAUCUGGACGAAAGCAAGACCUUCGACUUUGCGGCCCUUAAGAAGUUGCUUGGCAUCGCGUUUGGUUGUGGGACUUUGUUGGGACAUUGUGAGACACUAGCAGUGUUUGCUGACGAGCAUGUGUUCCACGUGGAGGCUGCGCCACACGACCAGCUUCUCCCCUCGUGCUGUGGCGCCGUGCACCAUGGUGGAGCUGGCACCGUGGCCGCCGUGGCCCGCGCGGGCAUUCCUGGUGCGAUCUUGCCGGUGGCUUGGGAUCAGCCUUGGUGGGGAGAGCAUUUGGAAACACAGGGUGUCGGCAUCAACCUCGGCCAGAUGAUCUCGAAGGUUGAUGAGGACGACCUCGCUUCAGCCUUCACACGCCUAGCUGAGGAUCAGGGCCUUGCUGAACGGUCUGCUGCCUUGGCGGCCGCUAUCUCUAAGGAACGGCCGGGCCGGCAGUGUCUUGCCGACUUUGUUGAGAGCUGCGUGCAUUUGCCACAUCCUUGGGCCACCCAAGCAGGCGCCCGGGGCGCCCGUGUUCUUCAGCCUGCUCUCUGGGACAGGGCCAGUCCAGAACUCUCCAAAUCGAGCGACGCGGAUGAGGGACGUGCUGCCACUUUGGGAGGUGCGUAA